AUGGCCGAGCUCUCGCCGGAGCUGCAGGAUCGGCUUGACGAGCUGGAGAAGGAGCUGGAGGAAGGAGAUAUCACACAGAAAGGAUACCAGAAGCGGAGGACACAGCUCUUCUCUCAGUUUGGCGUGCCCCCAGGCUUCCAGGCCCUCCAGACAUCCGGCAGCAAUGGCCCUCAGUCACCAACAGAAGGCGGCCAGCAGCAAGACCAUCGCGAUGCCUCCUUUGCGGCGCUGAAUGCCAACUCGUCCGUCGCGUCUUCCUACUCACCCGCCCAGUCCGCUGCGGCCGAGCUCCGCGUCCACUCGCCGUCCUACCCAACAAACCUUCUUGCACCCGGCGGCCCAAUUGCGGAGCAGCGCGCCCACCUUUCUCCCCACGACUCGCUCUUCCUUUUCCCUUCGUCUCCGCAAGGCGGCAACGACAAUCGUCUCUCCGCUGUAGGAGGCAGUGGCAGCGACCCGGCGCGGACGGCCACCGACAUGUCUCGAUCAGCGACCAUGGUGUCCACCGACUACGCGUUCAACCCGGACAGCCAACAGCAGCGUUACGACGACGGAAGCGACGGAUAUGGCGUGAAAGAUGGGGCCAAGACCAUGCAGUCCAUGCAGUCCAUGCAGAACCCCUACGACAGCCGCGCAGGCAGUAUGCUCGACACACAGCAGGCCUAUUUCUCCGACUUUGCCGGGCAACAGUCCUACGACCAGGGGCCAAUGUCCGGUGACUACGGCGGCGCGCAGCGCUACUCGAGCGGCGGCGGCGAUCCCUUCUCCCCGAUUGCGCUGGGCCAUGGCCCGCGCUACCCGGUCGGCGAUGCUUUCUCGCCCACGGCCGCGACCGCGCCGCCCAUGCUGACGGCCAACGACCUCCCGCCACCCGACGCCCUGCAGUACCAGUUGCCGCUCGAGCCGCGGGACGUGCCCUUUGCCAUCUACGACCCCCACGACGGGAACACACCCAUGUCCAAGUUCGACAACAUUGCCGAAGUCCUGCGCCACCGCGGCCGCACGACCUCCAAGAUGCCCGCCUACUGGGUCCUCGACGUCCGCGGCAAAGAAAUCGCGUCCAUCACAUGGGAGAAGCUGGCCGCGCGUGCCGAGAAGGUGGCCCAAGUCAUCCGUGACAAGAGCUCGCUGUACCGUGGUGACCGUGUGGCGCUCGUCUACCGCGACUCCGAGAUCAUUGAGUUCGCGAUCGCGCUGCUCGGCUGCUUCAUUGCCGGCGUCGUGGCUGUGCCCAUCAAUGAUUUCAACGACUACCAAAAGCUGAACCUGAUCUUGACCUCGACACAGGCCCAUCUGGCGCUGACCACCGAGAACAACCUCAAGACGUUCCAGCGCGACAUCACAACACACAAGCUGACCUGGCCCAAAGGUGUUGAGUGGUGGAAGACCAACGAGUUCGGCAGCUAUCACCCGAAGAAGAAGGACGACAUGCCGCCGCUGUCCGUCCCCGACCUGGCCUACAUUGAGUUCUCGCGCGCCCCCACGGGCGACCUGCGCGGCGUUGUCCUGAGCCACCGCACCAUCAUGCACCAGCUGGCGUGCCUGAGCGCCGUGGUGUCGACCGUCCCUGGCAACCGGCCGAACGACUCGUUCACGGGCUCUACGCUGCGCGACAAGAACGGCCGGCUGAUUGGCGGCGGCGCGAGCAGCGAGAUCCUCCUGUCGUACCUCGACCCGCGCCACGGCAUCGGCAUGAUUCUGGCCGUGCUCUUUGCCGUGUACGGUGGCCAUACCGUCGUCUGGCUGGAGCAGAAGACGACCGAAGUCGCCGGCCUGUACGCCCACCUGAUCUCCAAGUACAAGGCCACCCUCAUGGCCGCCGACUACCCCGGCCUCAAGCGCGCCGUGUACAACUACCAGCAGGACCCCAUGACCACGCGAAACUUCAAAAAGGGCAUGGAGCCCAACUUCCACUCCGUCAAGAUGUGUCUGAUUGACACGUUGACUGUCGACCCCGAGUUCCACGAGAUCCUCGCCGACCGCUGGUUGCGGCCGCUGCGCAACUCGCAUGCUCGCGAAGUCGUCGCCCCCAUGUUGUGUCUUCCAGAGCAUGGUGGCAUGGUGAUCAGCAUCCGCGACUGGCUGGGUGGCGAAGAGCGCAUGGGCUGCCCUCUCAAGCUGGAUCUCGGCGACGGCAACGACUCGGACGACGACGAUUUCGACGGCAAGAAGGCCGAUGCGUCGGACAUGGUGACGCCCAUGGCGGAGGGUGGUUUCGGCUCACUGCUGGGUGGCGGCACGACCGGCAAGAAGGAGCAGCGCGCUGCUAACGAAUUAAGCGAAGUGCUCCUCGACAGCGAGGCCCUCAAGACGAACGAGGUGGUCGUGCUGGCUAUGGGCGAAGAGGCGCGCAAGCGGCACGGCGAGGCCGGUGCUGUGCGUGUUGGCGCAUUUGGCUACCCGAUCCCCGACGCCACGCUCGCCGUCGUCGACCCGGAGACCUGUCUGCUGUCCUCGCCGCACACGAUUGGUGAGAUUUGGGUGGACUCGCCUUCCCUGUCGGGCGGCUUCUGGGCCCUGCCGAAGCACACAGAGCAGAUAUUCCACGCCCGGCCCUACAAAUUCGAUCCGGGCGACCCGACACCGACAGCCGUGGAGCCCGAGUUCCUUCGGACGGGCCUUCUCGGCACCGUCAUCGAAGGCAAGAUCUUUGUUCUCGGCCUCUACGAGGAUCGCAUCCGCCAAAAGGUCGAGUGGGUUGAGCCGGACAACGACAUCGUUGAGUACCGCUACUUUUUCGUGCAGCACAUUGUCUUUACGAUCCUGCGCACGAUCCCCAAGAUCUUUGACUGCUCCGCCUUUGACGUCUUUGUCAACGACGAGCACCUGCCAAUCGUCCUCCUGGAGACGACAUCGGCCUCGACGGCGCCGGCCACGACCGGCGGUCCGCCGCGCCAGCUCGACACGGCCCUUCUCGACUCGCUGGCCCAGCGGUGCAUGGACGUUCUGAUGCAAAUGCACCACCUCCGCGUGUACUGCGUCAUGAUCACCGCGCCCAACGCGCUGCCGCGCGUGCUGAAAAAUGGCCGGCGCGAAAUCGGCAACAUGCUGUGCCGGCGCGAGUUUGACAACGGCAACCUGGCCUGUGUGCACGUCAAGUUUGGCGUCGAGCACGCCGUGCUCAACCUGCCGUUUGGCGUCGAUCCCAUGGGCGGCAUCUGGUCGCGCAUCGCCUCCGACUCGCGCGGCCACAUCCUGGCGGGCGCGGACAACCAGUACUCGGGCAUCGACCGCCGCGAGGUCGUCAUGGACGACAAGACGAGCACGCCGCUCAACAACUUCAACAGCAUCACCGACCUGAUCCAGUGGCGCGUGGCGCGGCAGGCCGAGGAGCUGGCGUACUGCACCAUUGACGGCCGGGGCAAAGAGGGCAAGGGCAUCACAUGGAAGAAGUUUGACACGCGCGUCGCCGCCGUCGCGGUGUACCUCAAGAACAAGGUGCGCCUCAAGGCGGGCGACCAUGCGGUGCUCAUGUACACGCACUCGGAGGACUUUGUCUUUGCGGUGCACGCCUGUCUGAACCUGGGCAUUGUCGUGAUCCCCAUGGCACCCAUGGACCAGAACCGGCUGUCCGAGGACGUGCCGGCGUUUCUGCACCUCGUGGCCGACUUCAAGGUGCGCGCGGUGCUUGUCAACAGCGAAAUUGACCAUCUGCUUAAGAUGAAGACGGUCUCGCAGCACGUCAAGCAGUCGGCGCAGGUGCUGAAGCUGUCGGUGCCGAGCAUCUACAACACGUCGCGGCCGUCGAAGCAGAACAGCGGCCUGCGCGACUUGGGCAUCACCAUGAACCCGGCCUGGGUGCAGGCCAACUACCCGGCCCUGAUCUGGACCUACUGGACGCCCGACCAGCGGCGCGUGGCCGUCCAGCUGAGCCACGACACCAUUUUGGGCAUGUGCAAGGUGCAGAAGGAGACGUGCCAGAUGACGAGCUCGCGGCCCGUGCUGGGCUGCGUGCGCAGCACGACCGGCCUGGGCUUUGUGCACACGUGUCUCAUGGGCAUCUACAUUGGCACGCCGACGUACCUGCUGUCGCCUGUCGAGUUUGCGCAGAACCCCGUGUCGCUCUUCCUGAUCCUGUCCCGCUACAAGAUCAAGGACACGUACGCCACGCCGCAGAUGCUGGACCACGCCAUGUCGAGCAUGCCGGGCAAGGGCUUCACGCUGCACGAGCUCAAGAACAUGAUGAUCACGGCCGAGAGCCGCCCGCGCGUCGACGUCUUCCAAAAAGUGCGCCUGCACUUUGCGGCCACGGGCCUGGACCGCACGGCCAUCAACACGGUGUACUCGCACGUACUCAACCCCAUGGUGGCGUCGCGCUCGUACAUGUGCAUCGAGCCCAUUGAGCUGUGGCUCGACACCAAGGCGCUGCGCCGCGGCCUCAUUAUGCCCGUCGACCCGGACGCCAACCCGCGCGCCCUGCUCGUGCAGGACUCCGGCAUGGUGCCCGUGUCCACGCAGAUUGCCAUUGUCAACCCCGAGAGCCGGCUGCUGUGCCUGGACGGCGAGUUUGGCGAGAUCUGGGUCGACUCCGAGGCGUGCGUCAAGUCGUUUUACGGCUCCAAGGACGCGUUCGACAAGGAGCGCUUCGACGGCCGCACCGUCGACGGCGACCCCAGCAUCCGCUAUGUCCGCACGGGCGACCUGGGCUUCCUGCACAGCGUGAGCCGGCCCAUCGGCCCCAGCGGCGCCCAGGUGGACAUGCAGGUGCUCUUUGUGCUCGGUAACAUUGGCGAAACAUUUGAGAUCAACGGCCUGAGCCACUUCCCCAUGGACAUUGAGAACUCGGUCGAGCGCUGCCACCGUAUCAUUGUGCCCGGCGGAUGUGCCGUCUUCCAAGCCGGUGGGCUCGUGGUGGUGCUGGUCGAGGUUGCACGCAAGGCCUAUCUGGCCUCCAUUGUGCCCGUCAUCGUCAACGCCAUCCUCAACGAGCACCAGAUCAUCGUCGACAUUGUGGCCUUUGUCAACCGCGGCGACUUCCCGCGGUCCCGCCUGGGCGAGAAGCAGCGCGGCAAGAUCCUGGCCGGCUGGGUCUCGCGCAAGAUGCGCACCAUGGCCCAGUUUGCCAUCCGCGACCUGGCCGCGCUCGACCAAGACAGCAAUGUGAUGGGCAACAGCAGCAGCAGCGGUGCGGCCACCGAUGCCAACCGGGCCAGUCUCAGUAGUAUGCGCAGCGGCGGGCCCGGCGGCAGCGGCGGCGCACCGUCGUCUGCCGGCCCCCCACAGAUCCUCGAGCAGCGCGAACUGGAGCAGCAGCACGACAACGAGUUUGCGUAUGGCGCCGAGAGCAGCGGUGACGGCACCCGCACCAGCAGCGUUGGUGACGUCAGCGGUGGCGGCAACAUCAACAGCAACAACGACAACGACGGCCUCCCACCGCCCAACUUUGGCGCGGUCGAGAUGCCGGCGGACGACAGCGUCGUUGUCACGCGGCCGUCAACGGCACGAGACGGCCAGGACGGCUACAGCGACCACGAGUACGAGUACCAAAACGAAAACGAUGUUCUCACGCCGACGCAGGCCCAUGCGGGCGGCCUGCUGGCCGUGCGCAACGUCGACGCCCAUGCGGACUCGAGCUCCGACGAUGAUGCCAAGCGCCCGCCGCCGCACAUUGGACGCAAACCUGUCCCACGCAAGAGUGUCCAGUCACCACCCCCCAGCGCACCAGGACAAGCACCACCACCACCGCCAAUUCCACAACAGCAGCAGCAGCAGCAGCAGCAGCAACACGACAUGUUCUUGCCGGGCGUGGACGGCCGGCCGUCGAUGAACAAUGACUGGCGGUUGAGCCAGGUCAUGUACAGCAACGAUGGCGGUGUCGUGGGCGCCGCCGACGCCAGUGCGGGUGGCCGGCCCGUGUCGGUGUCGGACGACGAGUGGGCGCGCGAUGCGAUGCACGGUUUGAGUUUGGCCGACAACGGCGAGCAGAGGUAG